AUGCCACUUGAGGAGAUCAGCCCCAACAUCCAAAAAGAUGCCUCCCAGAAUGGCGCCAAGCAGGAGGAGGUGGCGCCGACGACCUCCACGACCUCACUUCGCUCCAGUGCUGUGCAAAGCAUGCUGAGAAACACAACUGAAUUGGGAGACUGUGGCCCAUUCGCAGUUCGCCCUUCACGCAUACAUCGUUCUGGUUCCCGUUUACUGUCAUCCAAACGCCGUGCUGGUUCCUUUGACGCCUCAUUCAACCCUCAACUCGAGAACCAACGACCCCCCCGACGACGAUCUCACCGCCACCAGGGGCCACGGCCAGUCCCAUCAUCCUCGGCCUUGUCAGGACGAGAGACAAUCCAUUCUACCCAGACAUCGCUUCGCUCAGGGCUUCGCUCGAAGAGAGCCGGUCCCCGUCAUAGAUCCCAACAUCUCACCGGCCCCGGCAUCCCUGCUCAUCCUCUCCACUCCCACAGGUCGCUGAUCACUCUGCGCAGCCAGCGCGACUUCCACAGCCUCCAUUCGAGCUCCCCAUUGAUCAUUUCCGGCCAAAGACGCCGGCCUGCUUAUCGAGCUUCCUCCCCAGCCCUGAGUGAGGCAUAUCCAUACAGAUAUGGUGCAAGACAUGGCUAUCCAAGAGUGGGAAGUGUUGGGACGGUUGCCUCUUCUCCUGUCUCUGUGCAUUAUUUGCGUCCUGGUCCGCCUGCAUACCCACCCGAGCUAAACAACUCCAUCUCUUCCUUCGUCCGGCUGCCAUCGCCAGCGGUCUCCUCCAUGAACGGGUUUGCUGGUAAUGGUUAUCCACACCCAAGAACGACUACCCCGAUGUCCAAUUCUCUUCAGAGUUUUCGACCCGUCUGGAACCACAGCGCUGCCUCAUCUCGAGGUCUGCCAAAGUCUCCGACCGAGUCUACUACACCUCACUACUAUGACUAUUCCGAAUCAUUUCUCGAGGAGGAUUGUUUUUCACCACCGGACGAUCCCUCUGCAGCCAAUCUUCCCUUUAAUAUGGACCAGACUAUCCUAGACAACCUGCCCGCACCUGAACGCCGUCAGGCUCAAUCCCCUUUUGGCACGGUCCCAGGGUCAGCCUUCCAUCCAUUGGAGUUGCCGACCACACAUAACCGCCGACCCAGUGAGCAGUCGAAGCAAUCAAAAUACAGCUACGCCGGAAUGAUUCCACCCCGGAAGUCGAGCCUUGGGGCCACCACUGCGCCCGCCAUCAGAUCUGUUUCGGCCAGUAAAAUGGUGACCGAAAAGCUUCCAACUGCGGAUCAAGACCACCUUGAUGGGCGGUCGAGAGAUGACAAGGACAAUCCUCGAGCGUCCACCGCAUCACGUCGAACCUGUGCUUCCACUCACUCGAGUGCAUUCUUCCCCAAUGCAAGUCGAAGCCCGCGGGAUUUGACCACUCUUGCAGCUCGAGUGCACUCGCCCGUGUUCGAUCAUAAACCUUCCAUCUCUGGGUUAAUGGAAUAUGGCGAUCAUCAUUGUGAUGGAAACCAGCGACAUGCAUUCAAUAACAUACAACGGGCCCACUCUCAAUGGGAAUUGCCUUCAUUCAACUUUAGGCCACUGUCCUUCGGCUCUUACUCGCCUGAGUUGAAGGAACGACCAAAGACAUCUGGUGACAUUCGUUCAAAAGAGCGCCCCGAGAUCUUGUCGCCAAUGCCUGAACGCCCAAUGUCUUCACAGAGUAGGAAACGAUUUAGCCGCAUUCUGGAAAUCCCCGACAACUAUGUCACCGACCAAGGAAAAGCGCCCCAUCAUGUUCAAACCUUUUCUCGGCUCGACGCUGUGGAAGAACAUCCAGAUCUGCAGUCGAUCGAAAGAGCUCUGUCGCCACAAUCACAGGAUGGAUCAAAGAUUGAUGCUGCUGAACAGCAAAACCAAUGGGAGAAUGUGGCUAACGAAGCAGCACUCCCAAACGCCCUCGGAGACGCCAGCCAGAUCACCAUCCAUGAAAGAUCAACCAUCGAGUCACUUCUCGAUAGACAUAUUGAAUGCUUGGGCUUGAACGAUAACGGGACUGAAGGCGAAGAAGGGCUUCCUCAAACAACCAGCCCUUCCGAGCAUUCGGUCGCUGCAGUGGACAGUAGUGGAGAGAGCACCAUUAGAGCAUCGUCAAGUAUGCCGCGGAUUUUGUCCCCAUGGAACUUGAGGCCAACAACCUCGAGCUCGACUAUUCGGCACUCCAGCCUCGCCAGCUCUGAGAGGCGCCGACUCAUACCCCGGCGUCUAUUUGCCAGUAUGGAUGCCAGACUACCUCCGGGGGCAAUUCUGGAAGAUUAUCAAGUCAACUCCACGUCCAUCUUGUCUUCCGCUGGCUCAAGGAUUCGGGGGCAUUCAUCUGGCUGGCAAACACUUCAGUCAACUAGCGGACUCUUAACUUCAGAAUCCACCAGGUCCAACCGAUCCAACGCCAAAUGUUCAUUGACAUCGGGUGACAUGGCAGACAUUGACUCAGAUCCGCCACGAACGAGGUUCAAGGUCAGGAGGUUGUCGGAGCUGAGCCUAAGCCCAGAGACAACAAGCAGAUUGCCGAUUAAGGGAGCCGCGAAUGCUCAUCGCAGAUCAAAAAGUGACGUGCUUGCCAGACAGGCGUCACAUCAGAGACGGCGAGCGCGAAUUUUGAUGAAGAGCAAGAGAAAGUCACAGAGUCUGGGGCAAUUAGGAAUUCUCGAGCAAACGGGACAGUCGCUGGAGGAUGUCAGCCCAGAUGAAGAGUGGACAACUGAAGAUUCGCCCGAAAAGAUCAGCGAAACCUCGCCAGUUGCUGGAUAUGCCGAAUUGAGUGCGGACUCAGUAGCCGCACAGCCGCCAACGACGAUGUCUGAAGGUAGUGUUCUUGUACCUACGUCGAUGCCUAGAAGAUGGACCAGCAUGCUGGCUGCGAUGCCGGAGCCCGUCAAGAAAGGCAUUGAAAUUGUUCGCAAAGCAUCGGUCAGGACUGUGCGUUCACACCGCAGCAAUACUAGCAUCAUCGAGCCUUUGAACAGUACACGAUACAGUUCUCAGAUUCCACGAUUGGGAUCGGUCCCUCAACUAGCCCCUCCAGAAUUAGGACCGCCGCUCACAUCUUCGGAAUUGAACCUCAGCCUUCGGUUCCCAGAUCAACCUCAGACACUAUACAGGCCACCUCUCCGUGAAGUCCAAAGCUUUUUCUCCGACGACAGCUCGGCAGCCUUGGCACAGAAACCGCCAACUACUAUCAAAAAGAGAUUUGACCUACACAGCUUUCGCAGUGGUUUCACGAAGUCGUCUGGGUUGUUGGGGACGCGACAUAGCUCUACCCAGCAAGAGUCCGGUACACUGAGGCUCAGCCAGUCAUGCCAUAUGAGGACACAUCAGUCAUUCGAGUACCCACAUGCGGACUUGGGCGAUACGGUUCCAAUGUCCGAUUUUGCGUACAAGAAGCGGAAAGUGCUGGGCCGGUUCAAGGACUGGUGGAAGCGACAAUGCAUGCAGAAGACCUUGGCUCUCGUGAGGAAACGGAGUGGGCGGAAUAUGCAACAUGCAGCUUUUGCAUAAAGGGGCGUUCUUGGCUCGAAGACAAGAACAUAUAGAAGCGAGGGACUGGUUGGACUGGUGUUCCAAGGGUUAGUAAGCCGUCCGGCGUUAUCAGUGUAUAAUAUCCAUGCAUGGUAUGACAGGACAAGGGGAGAGAAGCUGCUCAUUUUUGUGAGAUGGUCAAUUUGUGACGGACGUCCUCAUCAUAGAAUUGUUUGGAGGAACAAAAUCAAAAGUCUGUCAGUCUCUCUGGGCUGCAUCCAGAGGCUCUUUUGCC